AAUAAAGGAUCUAAACAAUUAUCGCAAAAAGUCCUUCGAGGUCUAUCUGAAUUAAAUAGUAGUCGCAGCUGAUCGUCAGAAUUUUAUCUGCAAGGACAACCCCUUUCAUCAACAUGCGACUCAUUCCUUCCCGACUGAGUUAUCUGUUCCUCCACCUCUUUGCUUUCUGCUACUAUGCUCAGGUAACCAUUCAGUCCCCGCCUAAUUUUACACAGCAUGUGAGUGAGCAAAGUAAAGUGACGGACCGUGUGAGCCGGAGACUCAUUCGGACCUACCAGCUUUACAGCCGAACCAGCGGGAAACACGUCCAGGUCCUCCCGAGCAAGAAGAUCAACGCCAUGGCGGAUGACGGAGACGUGCAUGCUAAACUCAUUGUGGAGACGGACACGUUUGGAAGUCGGGUGCGCAUCAAAGGCGCCGAGACGGGGUUGUAUAUCUGCAUGAACCGGCGGGGGAAGUUGGUUGGCAAGAGGAACGGCCAGGGGAAGGACUGCAUCUUCACGGAGAUCGUGCUGGAGAACAACUACACAGCGCUGCAGAACGCCAAGUACGAGGGCUGGUACAUGGCCUUCACGCGUCGCGGGCGGCCACGCAAGGGCUCCAAGACGCGGCAACACCAGCGCGAGGUGCACUUCAUGAAGCGGCUGCCCAAGGGCCACCACCACCACCACCAUGUCAUGGAGCAGCGGCCCUUCGAGUUCAUCAACUUCCCCUUCCCCAAAAGGACUAAGCGCACGCGCUACUCCUCACACCGGCACUGACCGGCG